AUGGCCCAUGGGUCCUUGAUUUAUGCCCAUCGCUCCCCCUCCUCCCCCUACCGUCUUCCGGCCCUUCUCCCCCGGCCUGAUCGUCCCAAGCGUGGGCCGCUGAGCACGAUGGCGGCCGGCAGCUCAAACCGGCCAGAGCCUGGGAAUAAGAGCUAUUUUGCCAGUCAACCAAGCAUCCUGGAGGGCGAUCACAGCCAGGCCACCCAACUUCUAGCCUUCCCAGCGUUCAGACGCCGGCUAUCGGGCCAGUCCUCUGCAGCCCUGGAGGUUUUUGCGGGGCCUGCGGCGGGGACGUUCCCGAUCAACCCCUGGGGACGUUCCGGUUCAUCUUCUUGCGUCCAAUUUUUCUAUCCGGGGCUCUCGCAAUCGUUCUUAUUUCUCGUCUGGUAUCUCGAUUUCGGUGUUCGAAGAGAAAAAAAAAUUCUAGAAGCUAUCCGACGGGUGAGAAUCGGGUUUGCCGGUGGUGUUGGGGACAAAAAAUACCUAUCGCCGGAGCUCUCAGCCAGCUCUCUCAUCCUAUGA